AUCAUUGUCAGUAAUUGACAGUGACAAUUAAUUUAUAGAAUUACGAAUUUGUGAUAAGAUUGGAUAAAAGUGGUUUGGUUGGUUAGAUUGAAUGAAGGCAGACGAGGGUUACCAAACAAUGUCAACCCAAAUUUGUUGAAGACUCCGUAUGGUACUUCAACAAUGGCCUUCUAACUUUAUUAUUUUGUGAUGUUUAUUCGGAAAUAAAACCAUGUGGAAAUAUGUUACGCGUCGUAUACGAGAUGCUUUAGAGAAGAGUGUAAACCAUUUCGAUAAACGUAGUUCAACAGGCGUCGUAAAUUCAGCUGGAAGCACCCUUUCGGAGGAGCAAAAUAAACGCAUAGGAGCACCAUCUUGCUGGCAAAAUCCACGAAAAUGUUGGAAAUCGUUUUGUAAUGACAACGAUACUAAAAGCAAAAGGUGGAAUUUUGAUGAUCUAAAUCGCACUUGGAUUGGUGCCAUAACAUGGAGCAGUGCUUUGGUUAUUGGUUGGUACACAAGUCAGCUUAUCCAUCUUAAACUCAAGUACAAAUGCAGAGAUGAUGAAAAGAAAUGUUAUCCCGUCAACUGUUUGCUUUCAUCACUGCACCCUUAUAUUAAUUACAUCAGUAAGAGUGCAGUUGAAUUGAAUUCAAGCAGAAAGAUCGAAAAAGCUAUAGCAAGUGUACCGAUACAUGUACAUUUGUUAUCUAAUGAGAACAAAACAAAUGAAAAAGCAUCAACCAGUGGUAGCAACAGUUCUACAAGUACUGAUGAUGAACUUGGAGAGGUGUUGAACUCCAUAGAGAACAGACUGGGCUUAGCUGCUAUUGAAAAUGGACAGCAUCAAGAUGGCCUAAAUUUGCUGAGAUCUGCAGCAAACCGUAAUCAUGCACCAGCCUUGUUCAAUCUGGGCUUAUGCUAUGAAAUGGGCAUGGGUGUAGCCAUUGAUGAGAAAAUGGCAAUGGAGUUGUAUCGCAUGGCAGCUACACAGCAGCAUCCCGGUGCAUUGUACAAUCUGGGGAUCUACUAUGGUCAAGGUCGAGGUGGUCUAACCAGAGACACGGCCACAGCCAAGCGACUUCUGCGCUUGGCCGCUGUGCAAGGCCAGCAAGACGCCAUCAAAGCUCUGAGCGGUCUCGAUGACACACCACAACCACAACCAUACAAUGAUAAAUGGGAGAGUAACUUAUAUUCCCCCGACGAGAAUUUUGCACCAACACAUUCAGUGCUUUUUGUAGAAAAUACUGGACUUAAUUAUAAUGUUUUAGUUUGUUAAGUUGAUUAUGUAGGUGUUGGUUGCGCAUUUAUAUUGUUUUUUUUUU